AUGGGACAGCUUGUUACUCGAUAUGUCUCAACAUCAGUCCAACUAGCUGAUAUCUUCACCAAACCUCUCAUUAAGCAGGUCUUUCAGUUUUUUCGUGACAAACUGGGUGUCUGUUCUUCCACCCACGCCAGUUUGAGGGGGCAUGUUAAGGAAACAACAACGGCUCAUUAUGACUCAACAAAUCAAGAAGAUAGUUAUCCCACUAAUCAUGCUACAAUCAUUACAAGCCUUCAUUCAUCAUUUUUGCUUAUUUUAGAAAACUUCACAAAAGGUAGCAACACAAAUAGGCCAUGGGCUUCUAGCCUUGGGUACACUCCGAUGCUUAAGUUAGUAUGGUUUGAGUAUAAGGUAUAUUAUCUGAUGAACGUAGAUGCUAAAGUGAUGACAGAUUAUAUGAUUGCAUAUUUCAACCUUAAACUUGGCCAAUCUGACUCGGUCUAUAGAGCCUCACUUGCAACCUUACUUAGCAAUAGAAGAACCCUAAUCGACGUGAAGAUGAAAAAAAAGAGUGCAAGGAAAAAAGUUACUGCGAUUUCUGGAAAAGAAAAGGACAAAGGAAACGUUAUUGAGGUCGCACCAGGUAAUGACAGGUUGGAGGCAAAGAUUGUCCAAAUGAUUUUAUUUUAUGGGGGUAGAAUACAGAUGAAUGAGGGUACUUUAGCUUAUGUGGGAGGGAUUCAGGAGAUAGGUGAUCCCAUGUUUAGCUUAGACAAACUUUCAUAUUUUAACAUACUGUCAUAUCUGCAUUACUUUGAGAUAGAAAAGGGGGAUUUAUAUUUGAAAUCUGAUAGGAUAGAGUUUACAAAAUUUGAGAAUGACAGAUGUGUCCUUCCCUUUUGGAAACUGCUUCUAGACAACAAAGAGAACAAAUUUUUUGUCUAUGUUGAUUAUUCAAAAAUAUUAGAUUCUCAGGGCAUACAAUCUAGCAGAGAGGGGGGUUGUGAAGCUAGUGGCAGUGUGCAAACUGCACAGGUAAUAGAUCUUGGGGAAGACUUGACUUUUGAUGAUAUUUGCAUAGAUAUAGAAGAUCAUAGUGAUGAUGAUGAGGUAGAAUUACAGGAGGCUUGGAAAAAUGUCUUAGAAUCUAGGCAGGAUUUAGCAGGUUUGGCAAAUGCUAGGGCAGGGGAUGACAUUGAUGUACUAGGUGCUGGAGAUAACAUUGAUGAGGUGGCUGGGGAUAACAUUGAUGAGGUGGCUGGGGAUCAGAUUGAUGAGGAUUCUGGGGUUAUGGAUGAGGGUGAGGGUGAAAGGGAGGUACCUGAACCUAGGAUAGAGGUGGCUGGGGAUGAAGAGGGAGAUAGUGACUCGGCAGACUUAACUUAUGAGAAUGAGAGUGUGUAUUACAGUAGUUCUGAUGUAGGUAGCCAGUUUAGUGAGAAUGAAGAUGAGUAUGGUGAUGACUCACAGAGGGAGGUGAGUAUACGGGUGCAGUUUGAUACCACUACUGAAAUUCCUCAGUUUGCAGUAGGCAUGUUUUUCAGUAACUUAGCUGAGGUUAGAGAUGCAAUAGCCAGGUAUGCAGUGAUGAAAGGGAUGUGCAUUAGUUAUGUGAAGAAUGAUCAACAAAGAGUGAGGGCUAAAUGCAUUGUUGGCUGUCCAUGGUUGAUACAAGUAAGCCCUCAUAAUGCAGACCACAACUGGACCAUUAAGACCUACAAACCUGACCAUAGAUGUACUAGAAGCAAUAGAGUGUCAUUUUGUGACAGUAAUUUCUUAGCUAAGAGGUACAAGACCAUGGUGACCAACCAACACUAUAUCAAACUUAGUGACUUUAGGUCCAUUGUCAGGAGUGAACUAAAGCAGAGUGUUAGUUUGAAUGUGUGUAGGCAUGCAAAGACCAAAAUUAUAGCUGAAUUGAUGGGUUUUUAUAGGGAGGAAUAUGCCAUGCUAAAUGACUAUGCUGAGAUUAUCUGCCAUACCAACCCAGGCACACAUUGUUUUGUCAAAUCCACUUCUGAAAACCCUGAGGGAAAACAAGAAUUCCAUAGGUUUUAUGUGUGCUUUGCUGCCUGCAAAAAGGGGUGGCUUCAGGGUUGUAGGAAAGUAAUAGGCAUAGAUGGGUGUUUUUUAAAGGGGAUUUGUAAAGGGCAGUUACUGAUAGCUGUGGGUAGAGAUGGAAACAACCAAAUGUUUCCAAUAGCUUGGGGAGUGGUGUUGGUUGAGAACAAAGACAACUGGAGUUGGUUUAUGAGGAUGAUUCAAUAUGAUCUAGAACUUGAAGAUGGAGAAGGAUUUGCAGUCAUAUCAGAUAUGCAAAAGGGUCUUGAAAGUGCUUUGAAAGACAUACUACCCAAGGCAGAACACAGAAGAUGUGCCAGGCAUGUAUAUGCUAACUGGGCCAAAAAAUGGAGGGGUGAUGAGAGAAAGAAGGCAUUUUGGAGUUGUGCAAAAGCAACUAUAGGAUCAGAUUUGAAAGUCAGACUUAAACACCUAGGGACUUUAGGGAAGGAUAUAGCAAAGGAUGCUUUAAGUUAUGACAUUGAGACAUGGUGCAAGGUGUACUUUGACACAUCAAUUAAAUGUGAUGUGGUUGAUAACAACCUAGCAGAGACAUUUAAUGGUUGGAUUUUGGAGCCUAGGUGUAAGUCUAUUAUUAGUAUGCUGGAGGAUAUAAGGAUCAAGGUGAUGAACAGGUUGUGGAACAAGAGAGAUUCCAUAAGGGGCUGGAUUUCAGAUAUUUCACCAAGAGCCCUACAAGUUAUUGAAAAGAAUAAGCUACUGUCCUUUGAGUGGGAGGUGGAAUGUAAUGGGGAUGAUGGAUUUGAGGUGGCAUGGCUUCAAGAUAGAAGGAACAAGCAUACAGUGGACCUUGUCAAGAGGACCUGCACUUGCAGGGAAUGGGACUUGACUGGGAUCCCUUGCAAGCAUAGUGUCACUGCUAUAUAUGCCAAGCGUGGCAAUCCAGAGGCCUAUGUACAUGCUUAUUACAGCAGAGACACAUAUAUGAAAGCUUAUGCUUAUACCAUCCAGCCAGUUCCUGGAAAGCAGCACUGGCUUCAGAGUGAGAAGGGAACAAUAGAGCCACCACCCUUCAAAAAACUACCUGGAAGACCCAAAAAGAAUAGGCGAAAAGAACCAUUUGAAGUAAAGAAGAAAGCCAAGCUUUCACUUCAUGGGAGAGUUAUGACAUGUGGAAUAUGCAAGGGAACUGGACAUAAUUACAGGAGCUGCCCUCAAAAAGGAACAAACACUCAGUAUAAGCCAAGGCAGAAUAAGAAGAAGCAACCACAGGCAAGCCAACCAGAGGCAACACCUUCACAGCAAAACACAAGCAGAAAAAGAAAAAGGAAUCAACCUUCUGUAGAUGCCUCCACCACUGUUGCUGCACGUGCAAAGCUAAGGUCGAGGAUAAGGCAAACUCAAUGAAUGGGAAGCAUCUUUUGUUUCUAGUAGGGAAAUUUUUGGUACUGGGCAGUGUUUAUUUUUUUGGACAGUUUUUGUAUAGGGCAGUGUUUUUGGUAUAGGGCAGUGUUUUUGGUAUAGGGCAGUGUUUUAAAUGCCCUUGUUGAUAACUUUUGUGAAAUGUGUUGAUAACAUUUCCAUAUGGCCCUUAGUAAAGCAUUGAUUUGCUUUUGAAAACACUUUUUGUAUAGAAAGGAUCUAAACAAUGUAAUUACUUUACCCUUUCAGUAAAAGCUAUAUUUUUGUGCAA